UCACGAAAUAACAUUUUCACAAUGAUGAAUGAAAAGUUUCCAUAUUUAUUAUAUUUUAGAUGGUAACAUGUUAGAAUAUCUUGCUAUUCUUCCACUGUCUUCUGCAGAUUCAAAAAUGGGGGACUGGUCUAUUCUAGGCCGCUUUCUAACAGAGGUUCAGAAUCACUCGACGGUCAUCGGUAAGAUUUGGCUGACGGUGCUCUUGAUCUUUCGCAUACUGUUAGUGACGCUGGUUGGGGAUGCCGUGUACAGCGACGAACAAUCCAAGUUCACCUGCAAUACGCUGCAGCCGGGCUGCAACAACGUCUGCUACGACACGUUCGCUCCCGUCUCCCACCUGCGUUUCUGUGCCUUCCAAAUUGUGCUCGUCUCAACACCAUCCAUCUUCUACGUUGUAUAUGUCUUGCACAAGAUCACCAAAGAUGAGAAGUUGGAAACGGAGAAGGUGCAGGCAGACGCCCAGUGCUCAGUAAGGAGCAAUCCUGAGUCAGCAUACAGGCCUCAGGGAGAAGACUGGGAUGUCCCGGAUGAGGGGAGUGUGGAGCAAAGCCUGCUGCAGGAAGAUUUUGGUGAGGUUGGCAAAGACCCAACCACGCUCUCCAGCCAAGUUCUUCUCAUCUACAUCGUUCACGUGCUGAUUCGUUCUGUUUUAGAGAUCACCUUUCUGGUCGGUCAGUAUUACCUGUUUGGAUUUGAGGUGCCUCAUUUGUUCCGUUGCAAAACAUACCCCUGUCCGACUGAGACUGACUGUUUUGUGUCCCGGGCCACUGAAAAGACCAUCUUCCUUAAUUUUAUGUUUAGCAUCGGUCUGGGUUGUUUCCUCCUAAACAUUGUGGAGCUCCACUACCUCGGCUGGAUCUACGUGUUCCGCAUGCUUUGCGUCGCCUGCUUUCUGUGCUGCAGGACGGAGAGGGAACCGUACCCUCAGCACAAUCCUUUGCUGCUGAAGCUCAGACAUUCAAUCCGAGGCAGACUGUUUCUGCAGACCCCUGCGACAGCCUCAUCUUAGAAGACAGGGACAGCUUUGCUUUCGCACGCUCCUGCCAUUGCUUUUGAGACUGACUCAACUUUGGAGUGCUUGCCAAAGAGAAACCCAGAGGAACGUGAGCACAUACGGCUGAAACUGUCUAACAUGGCUAGAUGUAGUGGCAAGAAGUCCUGGCUGUAAUGUGUAAUAAUGUUCUUUUUAUUUUCUUAUUAUGAGUUCAUUCUACAUUUAAUCUCUUGUCAGUUGAUCAUAGUUGUUUUGUUGGUAGUGCAGUUCUGUUUUGUGUUUACUGCUUUUUUAACCAAAAUAUGAUAAUUGUGAGCUUUGAUUAAUAAUCAUUUUAAGCAAUUUGCAUUUACCAUGAAAAUAAAUAUUAUAUCG